UGUAAGCACAGCAGCGCUACUAGCGUCAGGUGUUCAAGGGCAGGGUAUCAUAACUAAUAUCCACGAAUUAAAAUGUUUUACUCGGUAUGUGUAGUUUAAGAUAAUUUUUGCGAUUAAACACAGUAUUACUUUGGCAUACAUAUUAUUGAACAUCUCCGCGCGCCUUUAUUACAUCGCACCAAAAUGCUUCAUCUGCUCGCCGGACUCAUAUGCAUCUAUGCACUGACGUGUGUAAAAGUUGUCUAUGGACAGAAUGAAAAAGGUGAGCGCUUUCUAUGUACUGCAGUCCCCAUUGACAAGGAUAGUUGCCCCGUGCAGUCUCUGCCUGUUCAAAGCGCAUCGGUCCAGGAGGAGGAACUGAGAAACACCGUCAUGCAACUUCGCGAGACCAUCUUACAACAGAAGGAGACAAUUGUUAAUCAGUUGGGAACGAUUAAAGAGCUGACGUCUAAACUGUCACGGUGCGAGUCUGACUCCGAAACAUUUAGGAAAAUGAAUAAAGACACAAUGGAUGAUGUGCCUAAAGAUCCAAAUGACACCAUUGACGUUCUUGGAAAAACCAUGCAGAGUCUGAAAGAUCGACUGGAAAAUCUAGAGCAACAGCAAAUGCGAGCCAAUAUCUCUGGUGCCUCCUUUCCUAAUGAGCUGAGAAAUCUACUGCAGCAUAGACUGGAGGACUUGGAAAAUCAACUGCUCAAGAAGGUCAGUGAGCUUGAGGAAGAGAAGUCCCAGCUAUAUAAUGAGACCGUCGCUCAUCGCCAGCGCACUGACAGUACUCUCAACUCUCUCAUGAACAGGAUCUCUGAACUGGAGAAAGGAGGAGCUGGAUUUAAAUCACCAGAGAAUUUCAAGAUCUCUCUUCCUCUUCGCACAAAUGACCUUUUUGGACAAGUAAAGAAAAGCCUGCCAGAAAUGUACGCCUUCACUAUCUGCAUGUGGCUCAAGUCAGGUUCGAGCCCCGGCAUUGGAACCCCGUUUUCCUAUGGAGUGCCUGGACAGGCAAAUGAGAUUGUACUGAUCGAAUGGGGCCAUAACCCUAUAGAACUGCUCAUCAAUGACAAGGUGGCACAACUACCUCUAUCACUGAGCGAUGGGAGGUGGCACCAUAUCUGCAUCACUUGGACUACCAGGGAUGGGCUUUGGGAAGCCUACCAGGAUGGCCAAAGAUUGGGAUCAGGAGAAAAUCUGGCCCCCUGGCACCCUAUCAAGCAGGGAGGAGUCCUCAUCCUGGGCCAAGAACAGGAUGUAGUAGGGGGGCGCUUUGAUGCAACCCAGGCCUUUGUGGGGGAACUGAGCCACUUUAACAUCUGGGAUCGGGUCCUGCGCUCCACGGAUAUCAUUGCCAUGUCAAACUGCUCAUCCUACAUGCCUGGGAAUGUGGUGGCCUGGACUGACAGUAACAUUGAAGUGUUUGGUGGAGCAUCAAAGUGGCCGCUGGAGCUAUGCGAAGAUCGGCUAUUUGACAAUUAAAGGUGUUUGCGGAUAUUAGUGAACGAUAUUAAAGGGAUAGUUCACCCAAAAAUGAAAAUUAACCAAUGAUUUACUCACCCUCAAGCCAUCAUAGGUGUGUAUGAAGUUCUUCUUUCAGAAUACAAUCAGAGUUUUUGUCUGAAAGAAGAAAGUUAUAUACACCUAGGAUGGCUUGAGGAUGAGUA